AGGGGUCCAGCUUUAAUGGUCCUUGACGUGGGCGGGGCUGGACCGAGCCGGCGGCCGCGGAGCAAGAUGGCGGAGGACACGUCUCGGUAUCUGAGCGGGGACUAUUACCCCCGUAAAUUCGGGCCCAAGCCCGAUGUGGUGCCCUCGGGGGUGACCGAGAGGAAGGUCUUCCCGUUCGGCAGUGGCCUGGACAAGCCGGACAUGGUAGCGGUGGAUGUGGUGAAUGUGAAGGAGGCGGAGGAGGAAGGGUACAAGAGAAAACUGGAUACCAGUACUUAUCUUUUGUCAUGGAAGAUCCUUCUCUUUGGAUUGUUAAACUUGAUUUGUACAGGCUUUCUUCUGAUGUGGUGCAGCUCCACAAAUAGUAUGGCUUUAACUGCUUACACAUAUCUUACCAUUUUUGAUUUUUUCAGUUUGAUGACUUGCCUAAUAAGUUUCUGGGUGACUUUGAAGAAACCUAGUUCAGGGUACUCUUUCGGGUUUGAGAGGUUUGAAGUAUUAGCAGUGUUCGCUGCCACUGUCCUGGCACAGCUUGGGGCUCUCUUUGUACUCAAAGAAAGUGUGGAGCGAUUUCUAGAACAGCCUGAAAUUCAUACGGGGCGCCUCCUUGUUGGUACCUUUGUGGCCCUGUUUUUCAAUUUGCUUACCAUGCUGUCUUUGAAGAACAAGGCUUUGUCUUACGUCUCUGAAGCUGCUAGUACAAGUUGGCUCCAGGAACAUGUUGCUGAUCUAAGCCGAAGUUUAUGUGGAAUAAUUCCAAGUUUAAGCAAUAUCUUACUUCCUCGCAUGAAUCCAUUUGUCCUGAUUGACCUUGCAGGAGCACUGGCACUUUGCAUCACCUACAUGCUGAUUGAAAUAAAUAAUUAUUUUGCAGUGGACACAGCCUCCGCUAUAGCCAUUGCUGUUAUGACAUUUGGCACCAUGUAUCCUAUGAGUGUUUACAGUGGAAAGGUUCUGCUUCAGACAACACCUUCACAUGUGAUUGGACAACUGGACAAACUUUUAAGAGAGGUCUCCACUCUAGAUGGCGUUCUCGAAGUGAGGAAUGAGCACUUUUGGACCCUUGGUUUUGGAACUCUGGCUGGCUCUGUACACGUCCGGAUCAGGAGAGAUGCAAAUGAACAGUUGGUGCUGGCCCAUGUGACCAACCGCCUAUCCACACUUGUUAAAACUUUAACUGUUCAGAUAUUUAAGGAUGAUUGGGUUCGACCGUUACUGGUUACAGGAUCAAUCCCGAGCAAUAUACUGAAUCCCUUGGACCAUGCCAAUAUUGCACCAGUUCCAGCUGUCAAACCUAUGGAUGACAUGAACCCAAUCACCUCUACCCCAGCAAAACCAUCCAGUCCUCCUCCUGAAUUUUCCUUCAACACACCAGGCAAGAACAUCAACCCAGUCAUCCUACCAACUGCCCCACCAAAUAGACCUUAUGGCUUAGGUCUCAAUUAUGGAAUUGUUUCAUAUGGAGGUGCUCCCCAUAGCAUUGGGAGACCUGCAACAGGAAUGACUCAGGGAUUCAGAACUGGAUUGUUUAAUAUUCCAACUAGAUAUGGAACAGGCACUCAAGGUCAUCUUAACCAGUUCAGGUCAUAAGUACAUUGCAGUGGUGCAUGAUGCAAAGGUAUGCUUUAAGUUAGUUCCUCUUAAAUUAAAAUUUUUAGGUGAGGAACUUUUUUUUUACAUUGGGGAUCAUAUAGGUUUGUGUUAUUACCUCCAUAGACUAGGUGAGAUCAUUUCUGUCAUAUUUUAUGUUCUUAAUAUCUUUGCUUAAAAUCAUGCAUUUACAAAUUCCAAAUAUAUGUGGAAUGUAUUACAUUAAAAAGAGGUUAUUUACUUUCUGAAAUAUUUAUGUAUUCUUUUCAAAGUGCUUAGAAAAAAAGUACUUUGCCAAGGAUGGUCUAGAAAUUCCCUAAAAUACGUCUCCAUAUAUUUGACCAUCAGACUAUGAAAGAUAGUAUCCUACUGACAAAUUAAUGGACCUCUUCUCUUGAUUUAAUGCUUCUAAUUAAAUAAAAUUUCCGACCUUUGAGGAACUGUGGUCCAUGAGCAAGUAUCGUGGACUCAAUAUCACUGGGGGACGUUUUAAUUGUUCAGGUGACCUCAUUGAGUAAUGUAAAUGCCUUUUUGAAGCACUGCAGCAACUCGGUCACUUACUCUGCCUGUGAUGCCUGUUUCAAAGUUUGCAGAUCCAUUUCAUAUGUACUGUAACGAGCAUUGCAAGACUUUAACAUUUACAGUGCCAAUGAAAUUUAACCCAUUUGAAGAAAUGAAUAUGACAUAUUAAUUCACACAGGAAAAUAACAAUCUUAUUGCUUUCAGUGUUAAUGAAGUUUAAAGUUACAUAUUCUUGCUUUGGAGGCAAACCAGCCAUCCAUUUGGGUGAAUAGAUUGACUUUCAGGGAAGAACGGUCCAUGUAGCUCUGUUUCUGAACCCAGGGUAUCCAUGCAUUAUGUGCAGAAGUUCCUUCAGGUAUUCAAGUAUAAUUAGUCAGUUUUGAUUUUGCUGUCUGGUUAUAUUCAUUAUAAGUACUGGACUGUCACUGUAAAUAUCUCUUAGAUAAAACCUUCAUUCCUGUGUUAUGAGAAACAAACUGUAUAAACUGUACAGAUGAUCAUUUUGUUCAGGGCUUUUCUAGAGAAAUAUACAUGAAAAUAUUUUGUAUUUAAAUACUAUUGCUAUAACAGCUCUUAUUAUAAAUAUAUGCUGUUGCUUUCACUAUUAAUAUAGAUAUGUGGUAUAUUUGUCACCAAAAUGUACAAAACCAGAUAUUUCUCAAAAACAAUGCUGGUUCAGUUAUAACUGAAGCAUGGUAAAGAUUGUAUGUUUUGUUAUGUGUUACUGUUAUAUUGAUCAAUAAAGUGAAAACUCAAACUGAAAA